AUGUGGAGUGCUCCUGUCCCAGAAUGUGAAGUUCAGACCUGCCCACCACCUCAUGAUCUUGAAAAUGGAUCAUACAGCACAAAAAAGGAAAUCUACAAGUACCAGGAUUCAGUGACUUACAAGUGCGAUAACCUAACGCUUGUUGGUGAAGCUUCAGUAUCUUGCACAGAGGAAGGAAACUGGACAUCUGGAGCACCUGUAUGUAAAGCCGUCUGCAAGUCCCCCCCUGAACUUGAAUAUGGAUUGCUGAAAAAAUCGUGUCCUCAAAGCCAGUAUUUUAAAGUUGGUACAGCCUUGAAAUAUGAGUGCCGACUAGGCUAUGUUUCUGCAAAAAAUAAAAGCAAUGAAAUUAUUUGUCACGAAGACCUUAAAUGGUCAGAACCUGAAGUGUUUUGUAAACGCACCUCAUGUGGCCACCCAGGAGAAAUUCCUUAUGGACAAAUGCAUGCUAAAGACUUUUUGUUUGAAUCAAGAGUAAACUAUACAUGUAAAGCCGGACAUACUAUGAUUUCAAGACAGGACUUCAGGUACUGUCAAGCAGAUGGAACUUGGAAUGGUUCAUCCCCAGUGUGUAAAGCAUCCAUAUGUGAUAACAUUUGGGAACUGCAAGAAGAAGCAAGAAAGUGUACAUCGACCCCAGAUGAGUGGAUCAAGUAUCUGCAGGUGCAGUACCUCUUCCUUCAGAUCGAGAACCUAAAGCUGGAUAUUGAAAUUAAGAAGAAAAAACUGAGUGCUGAGUUUACAACUUGGCAAGGAGAGACAGACAACUAAGAGGCAACACACAAAA